AUGCGUCUGUUCGACUUUGCGGGCGUGACAGCCCUCCUUGUAGCAGGCGCCAUUGCCCAGGUGCCGCAACUCCCACGACCCAGAAACUGCAAUGGCGUUGGCAACUUCAGGUUCCAGUACACCACCUCAAAUGGCUGGACUGCUUUCAAGAUCGCUGGGAAUUUGAGGCAGGUCCGUACCAUCGUCUUUGACACCAAGGGCAACAUGUUGGUGGCCGAGGCCAGCAGGGGCAUCUCGGUGCACACUUUCGGUACAGACGGUUGCAUCAACGGCACUUCCAUGCUCAUCUCGGCGAGCCAGCUCAACCACGGGCUGGCACUGACACCGGACGGUCGGACUUUCAAUCAGAAGACGGUCGUCAGGGGCAUGUCGACCGGAAUUCACUUCACCCGAACGAUUGCCGUAGUGCCCCAGCAGCCCAAUCUCAUCCUCUUACAAGUCGGCAGCAACUCCAACUUUGACAUGGAUUCUGCCCGGCCCAGCACGGGUCGCGCCAUCAUCAAGAUUUUUGACACUAGCAGGGCGCCCUCCAACGGCUGGAACUACAAUACCGAUGGUGAAGUUUAUGGAUACGGGCUUCGCAACACAAUCGGCUUUGUUCCUGAUCCAAAUGGCCAUUUCUGGGGUGUUGAGAACAGCGGAGAUGACUUCUACCGGACAGAGAACGGGCAACGUCGGGAUAUUCACAACGACAACCCGGCAGAGGAGCUCAACUACUUGGGCGACCCGCUCACAGUCCGCAAUGCCUGGUACGGCUACCCGACCUGCUUUGCUGUCUGGGAGCCCAGCAAUUUCCCGGGUACCUCUCUCAAGACGGGCAGUAACUUUGUCGUAUCGCCAAACGGCACUUAUAACGACGCGACCUGCGACUCACAGGGCGCCAUCCCGCCCCGGCUGAGUUUCCAGGCUCACUCAGCUCCCAUCUGGAACGCCUUUGAUGCCGAGGCCAAGAACAUGUACGUGGCGUUUCACGGCUCGUGGAACCGCCAACCAGCCACCGGCUAUAAGGUCGUGGAGAUCCCUUUCCAAAAAAACGUCAACGGCAACUACGAGCCCGUUGCGCCCGCUGACAGCAAGACGGGCUAUCGCGACAUCUUCAGCGCCCCGAACCCUUCAGGCUGCACAACCUUUGGCUUGACUAAUAGCAACUGCUUCCGUCUGACGGCUGUUGCUUGGGAUCCUGCGGGACGUGGAUUGUUUGUGGGUAGUGACAACAGUAACGAAGGUGAGAUCUAUAUUCUGUACCCGCCGGCAUAA